CUACACGUCGACAUGUUUCCUGACAGGCAAAAUUUCGGGCGUCAAAAACAUCGCGUACUUGUAAAUGGGCGUUGCAACGAGCUCGUGAUACAGCGAAAUAAAAAGUGGUAAGUUGCGAGCAGUUCUACUUCAGACGCCGACUGACGCUCAUCAAAGAACCACACACAAAGAGAGAAACAUGGAUGUCCGGGCUGGUCUCGUCGUGUUACUCUGCGUGAUGGGAUUCACCUGCGCGGUGCCAGUGAAGUUCAUUGACUGCGGCUCCCCUUCUGGCAAAGUGGCCAUGGUGGACAUUAACCCCUGUGCCAGUCAGCCAUGCCAGCUUCACAAAGGACAGUCCUACGGUGUCAAUGUGACAUUCCACAGUGCUGUGGAGAGCCAAACCAGCACAGCAGUGGUUCAUGGUGUUAUUGCUGGAGUUCCCAUCCCUUUCCCCAUUCCCAUGGAAGACGGCUGCAAGUCUGGAAUCCAGUGUCCCAUCCAGAAGCAGCAGUAUUAUCACUAUGUGACCGCUCUACCUGUGAAGACAGAAUAUCCUGCUAUAAAGCUGGUCGUGGAGUGGGAACUGAGAGAUGACAACAAACAAGACUUGUUCUGCAUUAAGUUCCCAGUUCAGAUUGUGAGCUAAACCAGCAGCAAUACCUCAAACAAAUGUAUAUUUUUAAAAGGGAUUCAGCUUUGAGUAAAAACCUAGAAAGAUCACAUUUUAUUCAUUCUUCAAAUUGAUUUUAAGAUGCAUUUCCUUCACUAUUUUGCAAGACAUUGAUGCUCACACAUCUUAAAAUCCUGCUAAAAACAAAAGAGGUUAUUGCUCUGAUCUAACGAACAGUUGAUUUUUAAGAAUUGUGAAUGUGACAGACCGGGGCUAAUAUUUGUCAAUGACCCCAGCUUAACUACAUUCCACUUUGAUGCAAAAGUCUUGUCUUCCUGGCUGCUGUGUAGUCAGAAAAGAUACACACUGUAAUUUUUCCUUACUAUAACUUUAUUAUUAACUGUAAUAUUUCUUGACCUAGGGCUACCAUAUGAAAAGUAAAUUCUAAUAAAGAAAUCUAAUGCUUA